CCUGCGUGGUUUGUGUUUUCCAGGGAGCAGAAAACUGUUUGGAGGGCUGCGUGUUUGUCCUGACCGGCGUCCUCGAGUCCAUGGAGAGAGAAGACGCCAAAUCUCUCAUCGAGCGCUACGGAGGCAAGGUGACGGGCAACGUCAGCAAGAAGACCACCUACCUGAUUCAGGGCCGAGACAGCGGUGCAUCGAAGCUGGAGAAGGCGGAGAGCUUCGGCACCCAGAUCCUCGACGAAGACGGUCUGUUGGAGCUGAUCGGAACCAAACCAGGAAAGAAGUCCAAGUAUGAGAUCGCUGCGGAAGCUGAGAGCAAAACCACAAAGACCAAGACGCCUCCAAGCCAGGCUUCAAAGAGCACCCCGAAGGCCCAGAAGAUCUCUCCCUCUAAGGGUAAUUCCAGAUCACCUCACACCCCGAGCCCUUCAAAGACGGGACAGGCACAAGGCCGCGGUACCAAGACCAGAGACGGAGGGACUCCACCCGGGAGAGGCUCGGGUCAAACUGCGCGAAGGGAGCUGGGCCUUUCCUCUGCUACCUCUUCUUCUUCUGUCCCAGAACAAUCAUCUCCAUCACCCACAGAAGAGGGUGGCAGCCUGCUGUGGGUGGACAAGUACCGUCCACGCUCUCUGAAGGCUGUGAUUGGCCAGCAGGGGGACCAGAGCUGUGCAAACAAGCUGCUGCGCUGGCUGCAAGAACUGGUACAAAAACCACGGCAGCGGCAAACCAGCAGCGGCUCGGUUUGGUAAGUUUGGAGGGAAAGACGAUGGCUCAGGAUUCAAAGCCGCUCUGCUCUCCGGCCCGCCAGGGGUGGGAAAGACCACCACGGCUGCCCUGGUCUGCGAGGAGCUGGGCUUCAGUUAUGUGGAGAUGAACGCCAGCUGCACUCGCAGCAAAAACAGCCUGAAGGAGGUCGUCGCCGAGUCGCUGAACAACACCAGCAUAGAGAACUUCUACAAAGGCACGUCACAGACAGUGAGCAGUAAACACGUGCUGAUCAUGGACGAGGUCGACGGCAUGGCUGGUAACGAGGACCGCGGAGGAAUUCAGGUAAAUGACGGCAUUUUU